UGGCGGGCGCGCGCGGGCGCCCACGCAGGCGGCGGCGGCGGCAGGUAUAAAGGGGGCGGCGGGCAGUGCGGGGCACCGCGGAUCUGCGGCGACACCGGCACCGGCACCGCGCCCCUGCUCCGCCCGCGCCCCGAGAGGAAAUCAUGGUUAUGCUGAAGAUUUCAUCUUUCCUUGCUGUUUAUGCCUUGGUUGUGUGCCAGAUGGACAGCUUCCAGGCAGCCCCAGUCAGACCUGGCUUGGAGUCCAUAACGGAUCGAGUGACUCUCAGUGAUUACGAAGCCCGGAGGUUAUUAAAUGCGCUGGUGAAAGAGUUCAUACAGAUGACAGCAGAAGAGCUGGAGCAAGCCUCCGAGGGGAACAGCAGUGUAACAGCACAGAAGAGGGCCUGCAACACAGCCACCUGUGUGACCCACCGCCUGGCAGACUUCCUGAGCAGGUCAGGGGCAGUGGGCAAGAACAACUUUGUCCCAACCAACGUGGGCUCCAAGGCCUUUGGCAGGCGGAGAAGAAGCAUCUGAGAAGCUGAAUGGUGAUGUGAGCACGAUUGCAAUGAAGCUGAAAACUCGACUUUAAUUUCUAAUGGAAGCAACUCUUCUUCAUAAAGCAAGACCACCAAAAAGAUUAAUUUUUCAUCCUACUAUUGAAAAUGUUUUAUUUAAUACAAAUGAAAACACUUCUGUUAUGUAUAGUAAAAGAGAAUCUAGUUAUUAAAGUUAAAUUAUUGUAUAUUCUUUUUAUAUGCAACUCUAUUUCAAAUAAAAUGUGACAGCAUCUAUUAUUUAUUUAUCUUCCAGCUUAUGUGAUCCAUGCUAUUUACCCUGGCCCUACUGCCAAAUCUCGGGGAUUAUACUAAACUGCUGCCUGGCAAGGCAUAUGUGUAUUAUACAGUGUGCUGUGCCUUGAUGUAAAACACUUAACUAUCCUGAUUGUACAGUAUGUUUAAAAAAAAAGAAAUCACUUCAAUAUUGUAUUAUUUGUGAAUUUACGCAAAAUUAAAAAAAGUAUUUUAGAUACACUUGGAUUGAGAAACUGAUUUUUCAUUUGGACACGCUUAUGGAGACAUGUGGCACUAAGCCAACAUCAGUGCAGAUCAGCUAGUCCAUUGAUCUGCUCCAGCCUUAUUAACUAUAACUACUAGGGCUUGAGUCAAGAGUUCAGAACAGAAAGAAUAGCUGCUUUUUAUAUAUAUAUAUUAAAAAACUCCAAAUGAACCAAAAGACACGACUUAGUGAGACUUCUGUUACAGAAAAAAAAAAAAAAAUUAAGCCACAGAUACAUUUAGUAAAAACAUGGAGACAAAUUUCAUCAUGUGAAGUUUAAAGCUAGAUUUUUUUACACAGGCUGUAGCUUAGAUGAAAUGGCCUGACAUCAGCUGUAGAUUUUUCUGUACGGCCAAAAAAAUGAAUUAGAAAGGAAAAGAAAGAGAAGCUACAGAAAUGUACAUUUCUUUGAAGCAAUCCUGAGACAGAGUCUAUUUAGGGAUCAGGGAUAAAUAAUUAGAGUGAGUGGAGAAGAGGGUAGCUGGAUCCAUUCCACGGACUUCUAAGUGGUGCUGCCAACUUCCUUCUCAAAGCUGCUGCUGUUUCAGUUUAGUAGCUGAGUCAGAUAUUUGUUUAGAUUAGUUUCAUGCUUUACAGCCUGACCCUAAAAUCUGCUCCAUCAGUUCAGAUGAAUCCCAGAAUGGGUGAGGAAAGAGGCCACAGGGGCUCAUGUGCUCCCUCCUCUGUGCUCCAGCAGGGUCAUCCUCCA